AUGAGUAAUCAAGCGCGAGCAUCGCGACAUGCUUCGGGAAUUUUGCCCUCCAAACAGUUCUUUGCUCCAAGAAAGCCUAUAACGCAGAGCGUUUCUUUAAGAAGAAAGUCGACCAGUCCCAUUGUUCCAAAUUCACCCAACGCACAAACCUCACCUACUCUUCAAACCACACCACUUUCUUUCACGUCCACAACCGAUUCACCACUUCCCGGCAUCCAAUCUGAAGAGGAAGGGAUGUCUCUUUUACACCAACCUAAGACGUUCACAUCAUUCUCCCCUGUUACAACUUCACUCAACCCAUCGCUCGACCAGUCGCUUGACAGUAUCUUUAACCCGGAGCUGUCACAAAGCGCACCCGGUCGGACCCCUGCGCCUAUUCGACCACCGAGCGCGCUCCUUAUUCGGCGUUCUUACCGUCAGCAAAGUGGUGAUAUAUCACAAGCCACCAUAGAUUCUAUCUUGGAACCAGCUGCGAAUGUUCCUGUUUUAGAGUCGGCAGUCUAUAGACCUUCAGCUCGUCAGAACAUCGACUCCAGAGAUUUUGCGACGGCAGUAGCAUUCACAGGGCACCCGGAUAAUGAUUUACCAAACACUCCCUCUGCAAAGCUUCACCUAAUUUCACCAAAGAACACUUCAACAAAGCAGACCCCUCCAAAUGCAACUGCGUAUUCGGUUGUGGCAAAAUCUAUGCCUCGCUUAGUUGCUACAAAGUCGGAUCCAACACAUGACAUAAGUAAGAAAGGGCACAAGCGACUUUAUCAAGCUUGGCCUGGGAGAAAUCGAUUUUUUCUUGGUGGACGGAUAAUGACAAGCAGGGAUUUCCCCGCAUUCCUAGUCGCAUUUUGUGCCCUCACCAUACCAUCUGGACUCUUUAUGGGAUUUACGUGCCCAUUUCUGUAUCAUAAUGUUUCGCCCGCGGUGGUCUUUGUGUUUGUCUACUUCUUCUUGCUGGCACUUGCCAGCAUGCUCAGAACAUCUUGGUCUGAUCCGGGGAUUAUUCCUCGUAACCUGGAUCCUUCGCCGCCCACGGAAGACCUCGAGGAUACCGAGAAUCAUGCUGAUAAUAAUAACGCAUACUUCCCGACGCGGAGUGUACCACUUCCAAAAGAGGCCCCCAAGGUGUAG